AUGGAUUCUCGUGAGAAGAAGCAUGAGUCGCAAGAAGAAGACUUGCCUUCUCAGCCUCAGACUCCUCCGUCACGUUUAACGGAAGUCACGCCGUCACAGAACCUUCUUCAAGUUCAUAGAAAUCAAGAAGCUGAGGCUAAGGAUGUUGUUGUUACUCCGAGUAAACAGAGACGUUGUAGCUGUAAAGCUUCAAGAUGCUUGAAACUGUAUUGUGAAUGCUUUGUGGCGGUAUCGUAUUGCAAUAAUGGUUGCAACUGUUUGAAUUGUCACAACAAUUUGGCGUAUGAGACCACCUCUAGACAAGAAGCCAUCAAGGCGAUUUUGGAGUGUAAUCCUGAUGCCUUCAAGCCCAAGAUUUCUAGUAGUAGUCCUCAUGGAAUCAAUGAUUUUCAGGAGGAUGUGAGGCAACGCCAGAUACUGGGAAAGCACAACAGAGGGUGCCACUGCAAGAGAUCAGGAUGUCUUAGGAAGUAUUGCGAGUGUUACCAGGCGAAUAUUCGGUGUUCAGAGAACUGUAGAUGUCGAGAUUGCAACAACUUUGAAGGAAUUAGCCAAGAGAUAAUGCAACAGACGAGAAUCAAUGCAGCUGUCAACAUGUCAAUAAAGAGAAAGAGAAAGGCAGCUUCUUCACAUUCCGUAGCAGCUAGAGAUUCAUCUGCGGUUCCACACCUUGUCCAAAAUAAUCAUACGGUUGAUUACGUUGUAAGGAAUGGUGACACUUGUUUAUUAACAGUCCCUAACAACCAAGCGGUACCUGGAUCUACCACUAGUACUUACAGGUCCUCACUGUCAAAUACUAUCCAGCUGGGCCAUGUCAAAGAGCUAUGCUCUCUUUUAGUCUCAAAAUCGGUGCAAGUAGCACAUUAA